UCUUUUGUCAGCAUAAACAUGAUGUCACAUGUCAAUGAUUUUUAGGUUAGAGUAUAACAAAAUUUUAUUUUCAUUAUUUACAUAUAGAAAUAUAAAAAAAAUAAUAUGCACGGUCGCAUUAAAGUUCGUACUUCAGAGGAGCAGAAAACUCUGAAACAAAAAGAGCAGCAGAAAAAACUAGCAGCAUAUCAAAUGGGGAUGUCACAAAUUUUAGAAACUCGAGAAAAGAAUUCUUAUGUACCUAGCAGCUUUUCCCUUUGUACUCAAUUAUUGGCUAGUAACCCUGACAUUUAUACCCUGUGGAACUAUAGAAAAGAAGUAAUUCUAAUGGAAAUUGAGAAAAGUGACAAAGAUGAGGUCGAUGGAGAAGAAAAGUUGAUAAAAUUUUUAGAGAAUGAAAUCAGUCUUACCGAACAGUGCCUUAUAUCUAAUCCAAAGUCAUAUGGUGCUUGGCACCACCGAUAUUGGGUACUGAUUCACCAUCCGAAACCGAAUUGGGAAAAUGAGUUCAAUCUUUGUUCAAAAUACCUUUCAAUGGAUGAUAGAAACUUUCACUGUUGGGACUACAGACGACUUCUUGUAAACAAAAUAGGCAUCACUUUGACAGAUGAGCUGCAGUUUUCUACUGAUUGCCUGAAUGCUAACUUCUCUAAUUAUUCGUCUUGGCAUUAUCGCAGCAUUUUGAGGAAACUAGAUGAGGAAAGUGUAGGUUUUGAACUAAAUCUUGUUCAAAAUGCUGUCUUUACUGACCCAGCAGAUAGUAGUGCUUGGUUUUACCUAAGGUGGAUUUUAAGUCAUCCCACAAUUAAAAAACAAAGUCGUGAAGAACUUUUGGAUUCUUUGGAGCAGUUGGAGGAAUUAGAACCGGAUUGUAAAUGGGUUAUAAUGGCCAAGUGUUGGCUAACUGGUAGCCUAGUUCUCAAUGAUCCUGAUUACGUCGAUAGAAGAGUCCAAUUUUACAAAAGGUUGGCUAAACUGGAUCCUAUGAGAAAGGGUCAGUACGAGGACUAUCUGAAAAGUGCCAACGAGAAAAACAAGACGAUAGUAGACCAAAAGUGUUAGCAUCUAUGAAAAUGAUUUCUCUCAUAUUUUUUAUAUCCUCCAAGUGGCUAAAGCAAAUGUGAUUUUUAAUUUCCGUAGUUUUAUGGAUUUUAUUGAUUUGUAUGUACAGGGUAUCUCGCACAUUGCUAACUUUUAUCUACAUAUAUGUGAUUAUGAAUGUUGAUUCGGGAUUAAACCUCAAUCUUAUUAGAGUUCUUGUGUUUUUGGAACCGAAUUCAUUAUACUUUCAUUAAUGUGA